ACAGAAUUAUUUCUUGCCUUACAUCUCUCAUGUAUACGACAUCCUACCCAAAAUUAACAUUAGGUUAGGAACUUUCUUGUUAAUUAAUCUUAAUUAUCCAAUUUGAUUUACAACUAAUUAAUCAAGCUUAAAACUCCUCUAUAAAAAGCCCAGCUACCUCUGUCUCAUUAUUAUCCUUCUCUCCUUCUCUUUCUCUUUUCUUCCUCUGAUCUUCUAGCAGCGGAAAGAAUGGAUAAAAAACCAUGCAAUUCCCAUGAUGUUGAAGUGAGGAAAGGACCAUGGACCAUGGAAGAAGACUUGAUUCUCAUCAACUAUAUUGCGAAUCACGGUGAAGGUGUUUGGAACUCUCUUGCUAAAGCUGCAGGGCUGAAACGUACCGGAAAGAGUUGCCGUCUCCGGUGGCUGAACUACCUACGUCCGGACGUCCGAAGAGGCAACAUCUCACAGGAGGAGGAGCUCUUGAUCAUAGAACUGCAUUCGAAGUGGGGAAACAGGUGGUCGAAAAUUGCAAAGCAUCUGCCAGGGAGAACCGAUAAUGAGAUAAAGAAUUACUGGAGGACUAGAAUCCAGAAACACAUUAAGCAAGCGGAUCAGACAAAUAAUUACUCUGCUCAUCAGAGUAAUUCCAAGGCGGCGGAUCAUCAGCAGGCGAGCACCAGCCAUGUCUCAGGUAGCAGUGUUGCUGAUCCAAUGGAGGUGUACUCUCCACCGUCAUACCCGUACAACACGAUGGGGACUUUUCCUGUGGGGACUUUUCCGGAGCAGUUGCCGAUGGAAUCAAAUGAGCAAAACUAUUGGAGCUUGGAGGAAUUCUGGUCCAUGCAGUUGCUUAAUGGUGACUAAAUAAAUAUUGAGAGCAAUUACCAAAUUCUAAAUUUGGAUUAAUAAAGUAAUUAGUAUUCAUCAGUGAGACUUUAAAAAAUUUAAGUCAAAAAAAUACUUAAACUACGUCGUUUUAAUAAAAUAUUAUGAAAAAUAUUAAAACAAUUUUAUUUUUAUUUUAAAAUUUAAAAUAUUUUAAAUUUUUAAUAAAAAUUUAUUAAAAAUGACGUAAUUUUAAGUAAUUUUUUUACUUACUUUUUUUUUUUUUACUAGUGCCGUUGAUAAAUAUUUUCUCUUCAUAUAAUUACGCUCUUCAAUUUAUAAUUGGGACUUAAAAUGAGUAGAAAUUAUGUUUAUAUGUAUGAAAUCUACGAAUGGAGGUUUGUAAUUGGAUCAUGUUUACGUCUAUGUCUAUAUAUAUAUAUAUAUGGGGUUUUUUUAUGGAUUUUUUGUAUCCCUUUGAGAUAUGAAUAAAUCCAUUGAUCCCGAUUGUACUCUAAAAUAAGCCUUGUGUACAAAAAGUUUUUGGGCACUUAAUAUAUGCGUACUGUAUUACUUACAUAUUUUUGAACUGGUAUUACUUAUAUAGUUUUGGGAUGUAAAAUAAUAGGAAAAAAAAAAU